AUGCGACGCCGUGCUGCCGAGGUUGAAAAGGUCAGACAAUUACAGAAGCAGGGAGCGAAGCCUGCUUUCCUCAGUAUCGGCGGAUCACCCACUGCCAGCCAAGGCCUCGACUAUGGAAUAACUUAUUGGGACCUCGAACGAAGGUCACAAGCUGGAGGCCAAGACUUCGGAUCAGGUUCUACAACUAUGCUUGGAACCAUGUGCGGAUCAAGUUCUACACCCAUGCUUGGAACUAUGUGGGGAUUAACUGCAGAUGCGAUCCAAGUCGCGAAGUACGCAGAUCACAAGCUACGCGCAAGGAGCUUACAUGGAACAAAGACGUCGUCCGGGCAUAACGGAGAGCUGCCACACUCGGCCGUAGCUUUCGUUACUCCCCUGGGUUUCAUACAACAAUUUGCCCGCACUAUCUAUAAGCAUGCCGGCGCUCAUCAGUGGGCCGGAAUCAUAAUGGCGCGAUACUCUCCGACAAGCGUCAGGAACAGCCUCGAAAUCCUUCUCAUGGACUGCUGUAGUAGGCUGAACAACAAAUUCGCUACAGGGAUUACGUCUUUUACUGACGCCAACUGGAGAAACAUGGAACUUGUCCUAAUGGGAACAUCUCUGGUAGAGGAAUUCAGGAUUGAGAUCGUGGUGACCCUUUGUUCAAUUCUAUCUUCUGAUCACAGCUCAGACCAUCCUUCCCUACGAGAGAUUCGCCCCGACUGGUCUGAUCAGACGCAGGAGUUCAAGCUUCACCAGAAGCGGCUUGAGCUCAAUCAGGCGCCAAUCACGCUACCGAGCGACUGGAUCGAAUCCUCAGAAUUUUGCAACAAGGACGCAGCUAGUGCAGUGAUUGAGGCAAUGAUAUCCGAGCCAAGAUCAACGGAUAUAUUAAAGCGCUUCGCGCUAGACGUCCGCCGUGAGCUUUAUGAUGAUGACAGUAUCGCAAUGCGCAACAUCGAGACGAUAGUGUCAGAGACAAAAUACCGCUCCACACUACAUGGUUACGAAGCUACAUUUCAAAUGCGCUGGUCGAUUGAGAAGUUCAUGCAGGAUCAAUACAGAGAAGACAUACCCAGGUUCGGGUCAGUCUUGACUCUUACCGGUUCCGCGCUAUAUGCACAAGCCUCGACAUGUGCCAACUAUAUCGAGAUGACAUGGCCCUCUACUGGAACGUUCUUUUUGGAGCUUCUUGAUGCCAUUCACGCUUCUAUGGUGGCAUCGGAUACAGCAAGACCAGUUCAAAUUGACCUAGAAAGUGAUCGGGGCCUCUCCAUCAACUUCAAUGUCAUCUACGAACCCGAUCUCGAUCCCUUCGCCACCUUUUUGGCGCAUGCUACCGAAAGAAGCCUGCUUGUAGAGUUUGCUCAGCAACUAUCUUGGUUUAGCUCUGCAUUCACGACAUCGCCGUCCAAAAAGCAACUGGCUUAUUCAAGCCCGUCACUUGCUCAGAUGCGUGAAGGUGUUUUCGAGAUCACAAUCAAUUGCGAAUUGAUCGAUGAAUCUGAGAAGGCAUGCUGGAUGCCUCUUUUUGAUGGUGCAUGUAUCGUUUCCGGGUUUCCUAUAUCCGAAAGAGCUGACGAAGUUGGUCUUGAAGCAUCGUUAGAGCUUCUAGCGGGGCUCUCAGGCGCUCGACACGUAUUUGAGUAUGAUGGAGGCUUAGUGAUGAAGGGCUUCUCACACAUCUUUGUCCCAGUUCGGCGGCAACUCGAUCGGGUUCAAUGGCACGCCGUCUCUAGUCCCGAUCAAGAGACACCGCUAUCGUAUCAGGACGGUAUUUCGCGCUGUGCUUCGCGUGCCAUGCUCGAAGAAGUUAAUCUGCAGGACCUUGCAUCACUACGAGCCAUCGUUGGAUGGUGCUCGGAGGCAACUAUUUGCCUUGGUUCUAGCCACGCGAAUUACGAGAACAUCGACUACACCAAAACCGAGGAAGCUAAUUCAGGGCCGAGGUGUACGGGAGGAUCUCUCGGCUUCCAGCAGUUUGGAGUCGCGGCGUUGGAUGUCAGAUUUGGUCUCAAGGAUGGAAAGAGUCACUUCCACAGAAGCGGUCCUUAUCAGAGGAUCAUUCAAUUCGCGGAAGGUAGCCCAAUAGUACUCCAUGACGUUGACGGGAAACAAUCGUGGCUUGUCCCUGCAACUAACGUCAUGUUGCACAUAGUCCAGCACCGUCAUCGGUUGGAACCUUUCCAGGCGAACGGAAAGACAAUCAGUCUCGAUACGAACAUUGUAUCAGGGUCGUCGGCUAAAGAAAUAUUGUUGAACAAUCGGACUAUAGUUCUGUUCGAGGACGAUAAGCAUACCUUUAUGGACGAAAUACUGGACAUUUGGUCGCUUCUAGAUUUUCUCCUCGCUCAAAAUAUCAACCGUCAACGUGAGACACCUGGAGUUUGUAUGCCAAGCUCAGUUCACGAGAGCAUAUAUGGGUUCGAGUUCAAAUCCAUAGUCCACCAAGAUGCGCUCUAUAAGCUCAAGAAAACGACUGUUAGGAGGAAUCAUGGCGGAUGGAUCAAGCUUAUCGAAGACAUCGACGCCUUGGUUCUAUUUGCUAAUGGUUUCGGAGACGUCAUCCUACCAGCAGGUGGAUCUGACAACCUUUUGUGUCAUAAGUGGAGAAGAGUACCAGAUGGGCAGGACUAUUUGACUACAACCACAGAUGUGCUGCAACGACUAUUUGACAAGGCUGGGAGUAGGCUGGAUCGGAAAUACCUUACCACCAAAAAUAAGCUUCGGUGGCAUCAGGGAAGCUCCACCUUGUUCAAUGCAUGCCGAGAUGUGGCUCUUUGCGAUUGUACCCGCCUGCAACAGCUCUUCCCAGAAUCAGCAUUCAGAAGCAUUCAACCCCCCACUUCUAUAGCCAGUAAAGGAGCCGUAAUCUUCGGACGUCCUAGUCUUCGUCCAGCGCCGUCGCGUCUCACAGAACCACAGAUCCCCAGUAGCUUGUAUAGUCUGCCGAACAUCCCAAUUACGACAAGUGUCAUUCUUCAGCAUGACAGCCCCAUCGAUGAAGCCAUGGAAAAGAUCAGACGGUUGGAUAUCGAGAUCCAUGAGUUGAGCUGCGAGCGCAAGCGACGACUGCACACCAUUCAUUGA